AUAAAGGCGAGAAAACGCAAUAGUACAGCAAUAGUACAAGUUUGUUUGGCGAGUACAAGUUUAAUUGAGACUACAUCAUAAAGUGGAGAUGAAUUAUAGCCAUGCAAUUGGAUGGUUGUUUCUUAUCACAUUUAUUGUCAUCAAACAGGCGCGUGGAGAAUCACUGGGUCCUUACAUGAAAAGGCACCUCGCCAUCGACCCACGUCACAUUGAGUGUUCAAAAAAUGGUUCAAUUAAGAUACUAGUAGUGGAUAAUCCACCGUAUGUCAUCACUAGAAACACCAGYUUAAAUAAUGGAGUUGCGCCACCAGUAGGAGGAGUCCUUGUGGAUUUUUUUAUGUCGGCCAUUAGAAUGUGUUACAAGGAAUGUAACAUAACAUUUCAGGCUUUCGACAACGUAAAAGAACUCCUUCAAGCAAUUCACGACUACCAAGGAAACAUAGCCUUCCCCGUUGCAUCAACCAUGGCAGUAAACCUGACGUGGCCGUGGUACAAAGGGACUCCAAUCGUGUUACAGUCUGCAAUACAGGGAAAAGACCGUGCACUUAUAAUACAUAAAGGCAACUAUAAUCAAUGGCUUAAGGACACCAUGUUUAAUAAUCUCUUUAAGUCUUGGCCUUUGUUUGCUUUGACGUUCGUGUUUGCAGGGCUAUCAGGAAUCUGUGUAUGGAUUUUGGAAUGCCAAAGCAACGGCGAUGACUUCGGAGCCUCCUUCUCAAGAGGAUGGUUUGAAGGCUUUUGGUGGGCGUUCGUAUCCAUGACAACUGUCGGGUAUGGCGAUAAGACACCGAGGACUGUGUUGGGACGAUUAUUUGCUUCAGUAUGGAUAGCAUUUGGAUUAGUGAUGGUCGCCAUGUUUACAGCAACAGCAAGCAAUGCGAUAAUGUCUUUAGAAUUCAACGGAAUUGCACAAGCAGAGGUUGGAGUGCUAUCAUCAACCGAUGCCUCGCAUCAAGCUGCCAAACAUGGAGCAAUUCCUAAAAGAUUCAAAUCGUUCAAGGCAAUGCGCGAUGCUUUAUAUGCAGAUGAAGUCAACGCAAUAUUAAUUGAUCAGUAUGUUGGAGCCUACUUUAUCGACAUUCUGAAGAGCGAUGAUUUAAGGAUGUUGGCUAGUCUUUCAUACGAGUAUACCUACUCAAUCGCGUUCCUAGACGACCAAUCACAGCACAUACAGAUGGAGUGUUUUAAGAACAUACAGAACAGAUAUGGAACUUCGAGUUUUUUGGAAAGAUACACAAAACAAUUAAAGAUAUUCGACUUCAACACAGACUUUCCUGGUCUAUUCACAACUGAAGGCAGGACUGGCUAUUUAUUUAUUUCUGGCAUUGCAUUAAGCGUCAUCGUAAUUACUGGUACAGUCAUAGAUCAACUCAACAAAAAAUACAACCUCUUUGGUAAUCGYAUUUUCAGGAAGUGUUGUAAAACAAGGAUUGUUGAAAUGUCUAAGGACAAGACGUUUACCAGGGAUGACAGGAGAGAUUAUCCAAUUGAAGAGAUUAACAGACCGACAUUUCCUCGUACUAUUGAAGUUAAAUCAAAUUCGGAUCAAAAUAUACAAACACUAAGGGAAGAGGUGUUAAGAAUGAGAACAACGUUGAACCAAAUUUUGGAAAGACUGCAAAAUAUGUAGCUUGAUUGAUAGUUGCUUUUAUCUUUUGACUUAGUUCAAGAAGUGGUUGCAUGCUAUAGUUCACGGAAGUGCACGAAAGUCGAAUUAAAAAGAAGUGAUCUAUUGCUAUAGAGACCCAGCAGAACUGUCCUCGACCGAGGGCUCACUAUCCUAGACGCUAUAGUAAGGGAUUCGGGAAUUGAGAGAGAGGACCUCCCCGUUGAAAUGGUUGACUGUGAUGGGUGGCGGCGUGAUAGCUUCGAAAGCAGGUCACUAGGUCGCCUGUUGAUGAUGAUGAUGAUGAUGAAAAAGAAUCAUGAUGAAGGUUGCUAUUCUAUUACGAUCUUAUUCAAGUCAUCUUUACAAAGAACGAAGAAGAAGGAAAUCAGUAUAGAUAAAAUAUGAUUAAACGUUGAAACUGUGUUUCGUGCUGGCAACGUGAGUUCAGGAAGAACAAAUCCAAGAACAAUAUCAACAGAUAUAACAGCAGCAGCAGCAACCUCUACAACAACAGCAACGGCGAUACCAACUGCAACAACGCAAGCUACAGCAAAUAGAAAUAACACUACGAGUGCAGCAAAAGAGUUUAGCUACGCGUAACCACCGAUACUCUUCAAGCGCAGUUUUUACAGUUUUUUCAAAUGAGAAAAACAAAACUAACAUGUACAUAGACGGUUUUUUAUAUUCCACACGUCAUUACAAUAAAAGUAUUCCCACGAUCAACAGUGA